AUUUCAGUCGAUCUAUUAAGUUGGCUUGCUUGAGCCCGAAGAAACAGCUGCUUCCGGUGCUAAAAAUCGAACCUUCUCUCGUUUAUUUCUUGAGGUGCACGUAGAAGAUCAAAAAUGCUGUCCCGUCUCGCAAGACCCGCCACCAACGUGAUUGCGAGGAGAUACCAUGCUCCCUCCAAUCAGAAGAUUAUAACCAUGAACGACAUGCCUGUUCCGCAAGGAUCUUGGGCCCAGCAUAACGCUAACUUGCAGAGGAGAUACAACACCCAGUUGGCAGCUGGCAUUACCUUUGCGCUUUUCAGUCUUUUUGUCGCAAAGAGCUCUGGUUUGUUCUUCUUUAACUGGGGACCUGAGCUGAAAAACAAGUAAAACGACCGACCAUCCCGUCAGUAGAAAUUGAUUUGCCAGAGGCGUCGUCACAUGCCAGGGAUUUAAAAUUAGUUGUGUCUAAAAAACAUACAUUAUAUUAUGUAAAAAGUAUGCAAUAAAGCUAUCAACAAUGCCGCCAUCUUAA